AUGCUCUACCUGCUCGAUUACGGAGCCGGCAAUGUGCGCAGUCUCGCCAACUCGAUCAGCCAGCUCGGCUUCGAGUUCAAAUGGGUGGAGUCGCCUCAGGAUCUCGCCAAGGCGGACAAGCUUCUGUUCCCCGGUGUGGGCGCUUUUGGACCUGCAAUGGAGUCGAUUCGCGAAAAAGGAUAUGCGGAGCCGUUGAAAGCAUACAUUGCUUCCGGAAAGCCGUACAUGGGCAUUUGCAUCGGCCUGCAGACACUGUUUGAGGGGUCGGACGAAGCACCGGGCGUUGCUGGUCUCGGCAUCGUCCCUGGAAUCGUCUCGAGCUUCUCGGCGUAUGAAGAGGAGCGCAAGCUCAACAAAUCGGUCCCGCAGAUGGGCUGGAAUUCCGCACAAGUCGUCAAGACGCGCAAUGACAAUGGUGAUCAGGAUGCGCUCAAGUAUGGCUUCCCGGAUCGUGCAUCGGGCGAAACAAGUCACUACUACUUUGUACACUCGUAUCGCGCAGCAUACCAGCCGGACAAACAUGCAGACUGGGUGUUGACGACAACGCAGUAUGGAUCCGAGGUGUUUCUGUCGUCGAUCCAGAAGGGGAAUGUGUUUGCCACCCAGUUCCACCCGGAAAAGAGCGGCCGUGCUGGCCUCGAAGUGCUUCGCGCUUGGCUCAGCCAGCCCGGCACUAUGGAAAUCAGCAAAGAACGGCUGCUGCUUGACGCGCAACAAGUGGCUGUUCCCGCACCCCAAGAUGGCCUCACAAAACGCAUCGUUGCAUGCCUCGAUGUGCGCAGCAACGACGAUGGCGAUCUUGUCGUUACCAAAGGCGAAUCAUACGACGUACGCGAAACGCUCGAGCACACGCCAACCGACGAGUCAGAAGCUGGUUCGUCCACAGCCACCAGGCGCAAGGUGCGCAACCUCGGCAAACCUGUCGACCUCGCACUGCGAUACUACCUGGAAGGUGCAGAUGAAAUCACGUUUCUCAACAUCACCUCGUUCCGUUCGUGCGCAUUGCAGGAUCAACCGAUGCUCAGCCUGCUCGAAGCUGCAGCUGCCAAGAUCUUUGUUCCACUCACCAUCGGCGGAGGCAUCAAGGACAGUGUCGAUCCGGAUGGAACGCCGAGACCGGCCAAAGAGGUGGCUGAUGCCUACUUCCGUGCUGGUGCUGACAAAGUCUCGAUUGGUUCCGAAGCGGUGUACGCUGUACAAGAGCUGUACGCACGUGCGGCGCAGAACGGAUACGAGAACGAGAGCAAUCCGCUCCGAUUUAGCGAGGCGUGUUUGACAGGAAACACGGGCAUCGAGACCAUCAGUAAGGCGUACGGUGCGCAAGCAGUGGUGGUGUCGAUCGACCCACGUCGUGUCUACGUCACUGAAGGAGAGCACGUGGAUCCAAAACACGUUGCAUGUCUCGUACAGGGGGUCGCUGGUUCCGAAGAUCAUGGCAAACGAUGGUGGUAUCGAUGCACCGUUAAGGGUGGACGAGAAGAUCGUGAUCUUGACGUCAUCCAACUGGCACGUGGUGUACAGCGUCUAGGUGCCGGCGAAAUCCUGCUCAACUCGAUCGACCGCGAUGGAUCCAACAAGGGCUUCGAUCGCCAGCUCGUCGAGCUCGUACGUGGCAGUGUCAGCAUCCCGGUGAUCGCGUCGUCUGGCGCCGGCACCGCCCAGCACUUUGUCGACAUCUUUACCGCUCAAGCCGACAACCAAAGUACCGUAGAAGCUGCCUUGGCCGCCGGCAUCUUCCACCGCAAACAAUGCUCGAUCGACGACGUCAAGUCAUCGCUGUUGCAAAACGGUUUCAAGGUGAGAAGAGAACACGUAGCCGCCGGAGCUGGCGCCAUCUCGAAACAGUAA